AUGCCUCUUGCUCGGGCCAUACAUUUGUCGCAUAUAUUCUCGGGCAGCUUACGCAUUCCUGAUAAUUCUCUUCGGAUAACCCAGAUGUCAGUUCAUACAGGCAUAUUCCGGCUAGCCUGCGAACAUGUGAUCCGGACGAUGCGUCGCGGUCGUGAAACACUGCUGACGCUGUUAGAGGCGUUCGUGUACGACCCCCUGGUGGAGUGGGGUGGUGGGCGACGGCGUCGGGGAGCUCGCCAUGUACGUGCGGCGCGGGCGAUGCUCGCAGUCAGGGUGCGGGAACUAAAACACACUGCGACUGAAGUCACAGACCAAAUUCUGGCAAUACUUCCAGAAGUUAUUCAACAUGCAGAUAAGUGGUUAGAAGAAAAUGAAGAACUAAAAGCUGUGGAAUCAAAGCUUCAAAUGUGUCACCAACAAAUGGCUCUUAUUAAAGAAAUCGAGGCUUUUGGUAACAACCUCAGUAACCAUCCUCUUUAUGCCAUAUCACAAAAAUACACCUCAUACAAACAAGCCAAGAACGCUGUCGAAGACUCUAUGAAAGCUCUUGUAAAGAUUCUUAACGAUUUUGAUACACAAAUAGAAAACUUUGUAAAUACUAAUGAAGUGUUAAACGGACCUCAAUUGAUGGCGUGGGUCCAAGAAUUUUCUGAGCCCAACGAAGACGAUGAAAAACCAAUUUUUGAACAUAUAAAAGAAUUUUUAACGAACGCUGGUCAAAGCUCAAUGAUAUCGCAGUGUGAGCAGGCAGAACAAGAAUUGAACCAGUGUAUGCAGCAAACUAAUCUACUUAUCAGAUCUUGUCUAGAGCUUCUCACUCAAUAUGUAGCGGUGUCACAAUACUACCCGCAAAGCCAAACAGAGUUCUAUCGCAUAAAGAUGUUCCGCAAAUAUCUCGCUGCUGCAUUGGAAAGUAAAUCGCCUGAAGUAUGCCGAGAAGUGUCUAACCAAGUAACAGCUCUAGUAAAUUCUGAUACAAACUGUGUGGACACUCAACAGAUCUUGGCUUAUAACUAUCGGUUGCAACAAAGCAGCGUUGAGGCGAACGCAUUUCUUAGUAAAUGUCUAGAUAGGCUACAGUUAGAGGGUGGACCCGAUGCCAUAGCUUUAGCCCAAAACGAUUUCAUGGAAGCAAAAACGAACAUAAGCAAUUGGGUGCGAACGGAAGAAGGCGCGGCUGCGUCCGUGGAAAGUGUCGUUAUUGACAUGUUAUGUAGUUUGAAUAGACGAUACUUGAUGCUGGAGAAAGGAGCUCAAAGCGCAGGAGAUUGUCUCGUAGACCUAACUUCAAGAGACGGGGAAUGGUUUUUGGAUGAUAUGAGCUCUUUAUCUACACAAGCGGUUGAACUACUGUCAUUACUACCUUUACAUUCUGCCUCAGACGAAGACGCCGCACUACCAGUCGCAGUAGAAUGUGUUAGAAACGCAAACCUCUUGUUAGCAGACUUAGUGCAAUUGAAUUAUAACUUCAGUACUAUCAUACUUCCCGAAGCGUUAAAGAAAGUUCAUUCGGAGGAUCCUUCAGCUCUAUUGAUGAUAAAUGAACUAAACUCCGUUAUAAUUAACUCUCCAGUCCCGUUAAAUGAUUUACUCGCCCAAUUGGAGAUGCAUUUCAGAUAUUUAGUCAUGGAUAUGGAGUCUCCAGCCUCAAGUUCCCAAAUAUUGGCAGCUGAACUGCGCUCUCGCUACGAGCUGCUCCUCUCUUCUUCACCCGAGGGUGAGGGUCAGUCGGCAGGUCGGAUGUUACUCAUGGGCUUCAAUGGGCUGUUUGCUGCUGUCGAGCUGAGAGCUCGAGAGCUAGCCGACCACCUCGCCGCGCCUAUCCCGCAAGUGUGGAGGAAAAUAGAUCAAGUCAAGGAUGCUAUGCGUAUGUCGGCGGCCAUGCAGAGCCCGGCGCUCCGGUCCGUGCUGGAGGACAUAUUCAUAGUGCGGCGCAUACAGACGGUGGCGGAGGUGUUCGCGCUGUGCGGGCAGCUGGCGCGCGCCUUCCGCGGCCUGCCGUCGCCGCAGGCGCCCGUCGUGGACGACGCCGCCAUCUGCAAGCCUGUCAGACGAUUCACAGCCGAAUACGUGUCACGCUGCGUGCUGGGCGUGCACUCCAAGGCGCUGGCGUCGGUGCUGUGCCUGCUGCUGCGCCGCGCCGGCCUCGACCUGCGCGCUGAGGUCGAGCAGAAGGAGAUCGGCGCGUCGUGGAGCGUGUCGCUGGAGUCGCUGUGCAAGAAGGUGUCGGCGGGCGGCGGGCGCGCGGCGGCGCUGGCGGCCGCGCUGCAGGCGGCCAGCGCGCGCGCGCUGCGGGCGGCGCGGGCCGCGCGCGCUGCCGACCGGGCGCGCGGCGCGGCGCGCGCGGCGCGGCUGCGCGUCGCGGCGCACGCGCGCCUGCACGCCGAGACGCUGAAUAACAUAACGGAGGGUGCGGGCGGGACGAGCGGGCUGGCGCGGCGCGCGCGCGAGCUGGCGGCCGCGCAGGAGCGCCUGGACGCCGCUACGCAGCGCGCGCAGGCGCUCGUGGCCGCCGCGCACCAGAGGAUCCUGUGGGGCCUGGGCGCGAACCCGGCGCUGCGCGACGUGGCGCUGGCCUUCGAGGGCGGCUGGGCGGCGCGCUCGGGCCGCGCCGCGCGCCUGGCCGCGCUGUGCGCCGCUCUGGUGCCGCACGCGCGCGCCGCGCAGCCGCCCGCCGCGCGCGCGCGCCCUCCCCGCGCCGCGCGCACCGUGCGCACCGCGCUCGCGCACUGGGAGAAGGCGUGCACGCUCGCUCAGAAGUACUCACUGCAAGUGUCCCCGGUGGAGGAGUCUCUCAUGGAGAUGUUACACCCUGAAGGGAAUAUUGAUGCACAAUGGGUGGGCGCGGUGUCGGCGCUGGUGCGCGAGGCGGCGGCGGCGGCGGGCGCGGCGCGCGGCGCGGCGGGCGCGGCGGCGGCGGCGGCGGGCGCGGCGCUGCGGGCCGCCGCGCGGCGCCUGGCGCGCGCCGCCGCCGCGCGCCUCGCGCUGCUGCCCGACCUGCGCGCGCCGCUGCACACGCUCGCACACCUGCACGACGGAGACAACGCGGCGCAGGAGUUCCUAUCGGCGUGGGCGGCGGACACGGAGCGCCUGCAGGCCGCCAGCGCCGAGGCCGACAGCGAGCCGCGCGUGGCCGCCGCGCGCGCCGCCGCCGCCGCGCUGCUGGCCGCGCUGCCGGCCGCGCUGCGCAUGCUGCUCGAGCUGCCGGGUGCCGACAGCACGCGCCGGCCGCCGCGCGCCGCGCCCGCGCGCGCCGCACGCCACGCGGGCGAGCAGCGCAGCGCGACGGGCGCCGGCGUGUGGAAGCGCGUGCGCCUCAAGCUGGAGGGCCGCGACGCGCGCGCCGCCGCGCCGCACGAACAGCGCAGAGAACCUGUGCCUGAUGUACGAGGGUUGGAUGGCGUGGGUGUGAGUCUGCGGCGCCGCCCCCCGCGCCCCCGCCCCCGCCCGCGCCCCGCGCCGCCGCCGGCCCGCGCCCCUCGGCCCGCGCCGUGCGAGAGCAGCGCACUGAGACGACGAGUUCACUACUAUACGACUCGGCCUGCCAUAGAG